AUGGAUUUGAUGGAUAAAACAAAUACCAAUUCAGAUAAGAUAAAAUCAUCUAAAAAAAAUUUUACAUCUAAUGAAAAAAUGUCUCUCAAAAAGGAUCCUAACUUAAGUAUGAAAGAUAAUAAAACUAACACUUCAAAAAAGUCAAAUAAAAGUCAAAAAGAAAAAAUUGUAUAUAAUAAUAGGCAUGAUGUUUUGAAGGCACAACUUAAAAAUUUUCAACUUGGAGCUCCAAUUGAUUGUGAUGGUGGUGCUUUUGAUAAAAAUGUUAAAAUUACCAAUAGUGUAAAAGAAAAUAAAUCAUUAUCUGAUAGUAAAAAAAAAUCAAUUAGUAAGAAAAAAGUAAGUUCUAAGAAGUCAAACGAAAAAUCAUCAAGUAAAAAGAUUAAAACAAAUAGUUGUAGUAAAAAAAAUACCAAUGUAUCUGAAAAAUAA